AUGCGCAUCUUUGCUUACCUGAACUACCAUGUUCCCCGGACAAGACGGGAGAUCCUGGAGACCCUUAUCAAAGGGCUCCAGCGGCUGGAGUACAGAGGUUAUGAUUCUGCAGGUGUGGGAAUCGAUGGUGGAAACGACAAAGACUGGGAAGCUAAUGCUUGCAAAAUCCAGCUUAUCAAACAGAAGGGGAAAGUGAAGGCUCUGGACGAAGAGGUUCACAAGCAACAAGACAUGGACCUCGACAUCGAGUUUGAUGUACACCUUGGAAUUGCCCAUACGCGUUGGGCUACCCACGGCGAGCCCAGCCCUAUCAACAGCCACCCGCAACGCUCAGAUAAAAACAAUGAGUUCAUCGUCAUCCACAACGGCAUCAUCACCAACUACAAAGACCUGCGGAAGUUCCUGGAGAGCAAGGGCUACGACUUCGAGUCGGAGACAGACACGGAGAGCAUCGCCAAGCUGGUCAAGUACAUGUACGACAACCGGGACAGCGACGACAUCAGCUUCACCACGCUGGUGGAGAGGGUCAUCCAGCAGCUGGAAGGUGCUUUCGCCCUUGUGUUCAAAAGCGUUCAUUACCCUGGACAAGCGGUCGGCACCAGGCGAGGCAGCCCCCUGCUAAUAGGAGUGCGCAGCGAGCACAAGCUCUCCACCGACCACAUCCCGAUACUCUACCGGACGGCUGUACAACCUAUGGAUCAUUCUUUUGAUGGAAUAUCCAUAAAAGUGGAGGAAGGUAAAGACAAGAAGGGCAGUUGCAACCUGUCUCGUGUUGACAGCACCACCUGCCUUUUCCCUGUUGAGGAGAAAGCUGUGGAGUACUACUUUGCUUCUGAUGCCAGUGCUGUCAUUGAGCACACCAACAGAGUGAUCUUCCUUGAAGAUGAUGAUGUAGCAGCUGUGGUCGAUGGCCGUCUUUCCAUCCACCGGAUUAAACGCACAGCCGGCGAUCACCCCGGGCGCGCUGUCCAAACCCUGCAGAUGGAACUUCAGCAAAUUAUGAAGGGUAACUUCAGCUCCUUUAUGCAGAAGGAAAUUUUUGAACAGCCAGAAUCUGUCGUUAAUACGAUGAGAGGAAGGGUCAACUUUGAUGAUUACACUGUAAAUCUUGGUGGGCUGAAGGAUCACAUUAAAGAGAUUCAGAGGUGUCGUCGUUUAAUCCUUAUUGCCUGUGGGACAAGUUACCAUGCUGGAGUUGCAACCCGUCAGGUUCUGGAAGAACUGACUGAAUUACCCGUUAUGGUUGAACUAGCCAGUGACUUCUUGGACAGAAACACCCCUGUCUUCAGAGACGAUGUUUGCUUUUUCAUCAGCCAGUCAGGUGAGACAGCAGAUACUUUGAUGGGUCUUCGGUACUGCAAAGAGAGAGGAGCCUUAACCGUGGGAAUAACUAACACAGUGGGCAGCUCUAUAUCACGAGAGACGGAUUGUGGAGUCCAUAUCAAUGCAGGACCAGAGAUUGGAGUUGCCAGUACCAAGGCCUAUACCAGCCAGUUUGUCUCUUUGGUGAUGUUUGCUCUGAUGAUGUGCGACGACAGAAUUUCUAUGCAGGAAAGGCGCAAGGAAAUUAUGCGUGGUCUGAAGGGACUGCCAGACUUAAUUAAAGAAGUGCUGAGCAUGGAUGAUGAGAUCCAGAAGCUAGCCACAGAGCUAUACCAUCAGAAGUCUGUUCUCAUCAUGGGCCGUGGCUACCAUUAUGCUACAUGUCUUGAGGGAGCUUUGAAAAUUAAAGAAAUUACUUACAUGCACUCCGAAGGGAUAUUGGCAGGUGAGCUGAAGCAUGGCCCUCUCGCGCUGGUGGACAAACUCAUGCCCGUUAUCAUGAUCAUCAUGAGAGACCAUACGUAUGCCAAGUGCCAGAACGCUCUCCAGCAGGUCAUUGCACGGCAAGGGCGACCUGUUGUGAUUUGUGAUAAGGAGGACAUUGAGACAAUUAAGAACAAUAAGAGAACAAUCAAAGUUCCCCACUCAGUGGACUGUCUGCAGGGGAUCCUGAGCGUUAUCCCCCUUCAGCUUCUGGCUUUCCAUCUUGCAGUUCUCAGAGGAUACGAUGUUGAUUUCCCAAGAAAUCUGGCCAAGUCCGUAACUGUAGAGUGAAAGAUCAUCUGAAUCAUAGGGGCAAAGGGGAAUUAAAUGAAAGACUUUUUUUGGUACCAAAAUAACUUGAUUUUAAAGUCCCCUAGGUAAAUCUUAUUUUGGUAAAUCAUUGUUUGUUUAUAAGAUCACCAUGAUUUCAUUACAUUAGUGACUGUCAAAUUGAUUCCACAUGCUAUGUCAAUAGCUUUGUGUUUUUUUGAACAAUAAGACUUCCAUGAAAGAUGUUAAAUGGUUUUCUUUAAAGAUUA